GGUUUUGGAACAGUUGUUGGAAGAUGUUAGCUGUGGAUACUGGGAUUGUGGAGGAGUGGUUAUCGGAGUUCAAGACACUGCCAGAAGCGUCCAUAUCCAGCUAUGCUACAAACUUGAAAGACAAGAGUGCUUUGAUUUCAUCUCUUUACAAAGUAAUUCGGGAGCCACAGAGUGAACUUCUGGAGCCAGUUUGCCAUCAGCUCUUUGAGUUCUAUCGCAGUGGUGAGGAACAACUACUACGAUUUACCCUGCAGUUUCUACCGGAGUUGAUGUGGUGCUAUCUUGCUGUCUCAGCCAGCAGAGGUUUGCAGAACAGUGGAUGCAUAGAGGCUCUUCUCCUAGGAGUUUAUAACUUGGAGAUAGUUGACAAAGAGGGACAUAGCAAAGUCCUGAGUUUCACAAUUCCGUCUUUGUCCAAACCUUCGGUCUAUCAUGAACCUUCCAGCAUUGGCUCCAUGGCUCUCACUGAAGGAGCUUUAUCGCAGCAUGGUUUGUCCAGGGUUGUAUACAGUGGACCUCAUCCUCAGAGGGAGAUGUUAACAGCACAGAACAGGUUUGAAGUGCUGACUUUCCUUCUGCUCUGUUACAAUGCUGCCUUAAGCUACAUGCCUGCAGUUUCUCUUCAGUCGUUGUGUCAAAUUUGUUCAAGAAUUUGUGUCUGUGGAUAUCCUCGCCAACAAGUGAGAAAGUACAAGGGAGUCAACAGUAGGAUUCCAGUUUCGUCCGAAUUCAUGGUGCAAAUGCUAACAGGGAUUUAUUAUGCCUUUUAUAAUGGAGAAUGGGAUCUGGCUCGUAAAGCUAUGGAUGACAUUUUGUAUAGAGCACAGCUGGAACUGUAUCCAGAACCUCUUCUGGUUGCUAAUGCAAUAAAAGCUUCACUGCCUCAGGGUGCCAUGAAAUCUAGUAAAGAAGGUACAAGAUGCAUUCAGGUUGAAAUUACACCUACAUCAUCCAGAAUAUCAAGAAAUGCUGUGACUAGCAUGUCUAUCCGGGGGCAUAGAUGGAAAAGGCAUG